CUACUGCAACAGUACAAGUGCUGAUGACGAAAGAGGUCGAAAUCCACUGACAGGAAGAGCGGGAGGAAUAGGAGGAUUCAGACGAGUCAAAUCUCUCUCAACUGUAUGUCUCAAUCCUGCCACAAGCUCUCAAUUCAAACCAACACAUUUACCAUCCAAGAUUCAUCCGCAGUGAUGCAAAUGGAUGAUAAGAAGGCUUCAGUAGUUGGAAUGGAGGAACUGCAUAAUGGAGGACUUUCACAAGUAGGAUUUGCAGCUUUCAAUUCUCAGAGGCUUCAGAAUGAUCUGGAAGCAUUAGGGCGGAAANNNCAAAAUAACUUUGUACAACUGAAAUGGGUUGAGUUCAAACUUUUGUAAUAUAUUGACUCAUCAGCAAAAAAUACUGCAUAAUUUUUUCGUCCAUAUUUGUGGCUAAUAAUUGGUUUUCUUUCAGUUGUUCUCAGCAAGUAUCAUUCGUCAGGCACACUAAAAAUUGAGAAUGAGGACUAUCCCAGACUUCAGAGUGAAGAGGAAACCUCUGAACAGAUUAUUCAGCAUGAAAAAUCUGCUGCUGGCAUUUUUUGUCAGUUGAAAGCCCGUCAUGGUGCCCAGGCUUCUCAUUUGACCUCAAUCAAGGAUGUCUUGGGUAUUGUCGCGAUGCUUGGAAAAGUUGAUGAUGAAAACCUUAGCAGGCUUUUCUCUGAGUACUUGGGAGCUGAUAAGAUGUUGGCAAUUGUCUGUAAAACUUUAAAAGGUGUCAAGGCUUUAGAAGCUUAUGACAAGGAAGGCUGCAUAAAUAAAAAUGCUGGCCUUCAUGGAGUUGGUGCUUCAAUGGGACGGACUUUGGAGGGCCGGUUCCUUGUAAUUUGUCUUGAAAAUUUAAGACCUUAUCCUGGUCAAUUUGUAGCUGAUGACUCGCAAAGGAGGCUUGAUAUUUUGAAGCCAAGAUUACCUGAUGGCCAGUCUCCGCAUGGAUUUCUUGGGUUUGCUGUGAAUAUGAUCAAUAUAGACAGUUCAAAUUUAUAUUGGGUCACAUCUGAUGGACAUGGACUUCGAGAGACUCUAUUCUAUAAUCUCUUUGCCCGUUUGCAAGUAUACAAAACAAGAGAAGAUAUGAUGCAUGCUCUCCCAUGUAUAAGUGAUGGUGCCCUGUCUUUAGAUGGAGGGAUAAUUAGGAGCACUGGAGUUUUUGCUCUAGGCAAUUGGGUCAAAGUUGAUGUGAGAUUUCCAAGACCCUCUCCCAAAUCAAACCUACCUGAGAGCUAUGUUGAAAGUGAGAAGCAGAUCAAGGAGUUGAAAUGGAAAAGGGAGAAGUUACAGGAAGACCAGAAGAGAGAACAAAUACUAUUGGAUCAAGCAAGGUCCAGUUUUGAUAGGAAGAAGGAAGAAUUUGUUAAGUUCUUGGCACAAAGCUCAUCAUAUGCCACUCAGCAACAUAUACAGGCAGCACGUGAUAGGACGCCAAUGACCCCUAGAUGAUAUUAUGGGUAGCAACAAGGAGUUUUCAGGCAUACCGAACUUGUAUUUUAGUAUUUCGGCUGAGCUCAUUGUCUCCGUUUGCCCAGGUGGAUGAAAUAACUUGAUUGAAAGGCAAAUGUAUGUUCUUCUCAGUUAUUUUUUCUGCUAAUCAUGAAAAUGCCUUGGAGUAAUGUAAGAAUUAGUGAAUGCCAGCCAGGUUUGGAAGAAAACUUAAGAAUGUAUUUUGCUUCAAUUAUAUGAUAUUUUGUUUUGUUAGGAACUUCCUAUACUAGUAAAUAUAUGAAGCUUUAUUUUUGUUUCUUUCA